AUGAACGACGACGGUCAGCCAAUGGACGGAGGCAACAAUAACGAAUACGGAAACGAAGAUUUCGAUGGAAAUAUGGGCGAUGGAAUGGGCGAUGGCCAAGACAUGAAUGGAAACAAUGGAGGCAAUGACGGCGGAGACGACCCAGAUGUCGAUCAAUAUUUCGAUGAUGCUGGAGAUAUAGGAUACUUGCCUGCAGACCAUCCUCUCAUGCAAAGAUUGCAAAAUGCCUUGACUAAGUAAUUGACAGACGAGCACGAAAGAAUCGACUUGCAACUCAGAGAAAAGGAAGAAGAAGUAAGGAAAAUAAAAAAAAAGAGAGAAGAGACUGGUGUUCAGUUGUAUGGCGUUCAGCAUUAACUUGCUAAAAUGCAAACAACUUUUGAGAGAACUCAUGACAACUACAACAUUGUAUAAAAGUACAGAAUGGAUGCUGAGAAAUAGCAUGAGAUACUUUAAAAGCAGUAUGAACAAAAGAAAGAGGAGGCUGAUGAGCAACUUAAAAGAGUGUUGAAGGCUUAAGAGGAGUUGAAUCAGCUUAAUAGAACUCUAAAGCAAGUUGAGGAGUACAAUGAAGUUAUGAAGUCUGAAAUCUCAAUCAUCAGAAGAACCACUUACAGAGCUGAAGAGAAUGUAGUCAAUCUUGAGAAGUCCAAGAAGAAGCAAGAUCUCUUGAUUGAUACCAUGAAUGAGGAGAUUAAGAGACUCAAUGAACAAAAAACUUUAUAUCAAGCUCAGCUUAUCUCUUAAAAAGAGGAAACUGCUGCUGCUAGAAACACUCUUAAGGAAGCUGCAAUAGAAAUUGAGAAGAUCAUCAUGAGUAAAAAGACUUUGCUUGAGGAUUGGCAAAAGUCACUCUUUGGUAUGCAAUAAAGAGAUAAGGCCCUCUAAGCUAUCAGAGAACUAAUCAAAUAAAAGAAUGAUGAAAUUCUUCAAGUUCAAAGUGAGAUUACUGGUGUUAGCAAUGAAACUAGAAAGGAGCAGGAAAUCUCUGAGAAACUCCAUGAUAAGUUACAAAAAUGCAAGUCAGAAUAAGAUUUCCUUAAGGCAAGAAAGGAUGAAAUUGAAAAUGAAAAAAAGAGACUCAAUGAACAAUACAUCAUGCUUAAGAACUCUUUGAAUUCCACAGAGAGUGAGUCUCAAAGAAUGGAAGUUGAAAAGAACAAUGUAGAUGAUAAGAUGUAGGUUCUUGAGAAAUCUAUUAUGCAACUUCAUACCAAAACAAAGGCUAUCAGAGAUGAUAUCCUCAAUCACGCAUCUCAAUAAAAAACUAUCGAAAAGAGUUCAGCUAACUUGAUGAAAUAAACAAAGGUUGCAUAUGAAAACAUCUCUAAGAAAGAAGUAGAAAUAGAAGAUAUCUCAAAUGAAAUCUCAAGAGUCAGAAUUGAUAACCUUAACACUCAGUCCUAAAAUGAAUUACUUUAAAAGAAACUAAAUGAUUUGAUUAGUGAGUUAAAAGAGAAGGAAAGAGAAGUUGAAAGAUUUGAAACUGAAAUUAAGCAAAGACACGUUAAAAUUGCAAAGAAGCAGCACAAGGUUGAUAGAUUGAACAGAUAACUUGCUGAGCUUUCAAAGAACGGUGAAGACGAGAACUCUGGCCCACUUGAAGCGAAAAAGAAUAAUAUUGAAAAGGAAAUCAAUGAAAUGGAAGAGAACAUCACUCAGAUCUAGAAGGAAUGGAUUGCCAAUUAAACUGAACUUAUCGAGCAAUAAAACACUCUCUCAAAUCUAAAUAAAGCUUGUGACGACCUAAGAACAUCUAAGACUAUUCUUGAGCAAAAGAAAUUGAGAUUAAACAACAGUGUCCAAUCUUAUGAGAAAGACAUUAGACAACUUGAAGUCGCACUUAAGAAUCUUGACUUUGAAAUGAAUAAGUUAAAUGAUCUCUACUAUAAAAAUACAGCUCAGCAGACUAAGAUGACUAAUGACAAUUUCAACAUUGAGAAUGAAUUCAAGCAAAAGCUUAAGGAACUUGAAAAUGAGUCAAUCAAGCUUGAAAAUUCAAUUGCCACCUUGAAAGAAGAGAAGGCUGAUAUUCUUGCAGAAAUUGUUGAGGCCGAGAGACAAAUCCUACUCUGGGAAAGAAAAAUACAACUUGAGAAAGAAAUGUAAGAUGCUUUAGAUCCAAACAUUGGUCAAACUGAGAUUGUUGCCAUGAAGAAGGAAAUUCAUAGAAUGGAACUAAGAUAUGAAUAAUUGAGAAAGAAAUAAGAGCAAAUGAUCAAAGAUAUGGAAAGAGCAGUAUUCAAGAGAGAAACUAUUCAGUUAAAGUACCUACCAAAGGUAGAAAAGAAAAAUGCUCAGGACAAGUCUUCUCAGGGUAAGCUUUCAAGAUAAAUCGCAAAUCUUAAGCAAACACUCAGACACACUACUGAGAACACAAUGCAACUUGACACCACCAUUGAAUAAAGACUUAAGGAGCUUGAACAAGUUAAUGAUGAAAUUGAAUAGGCAAGAAAUGACAGCACUAACUACGAAGAGAAUAAUCAGAAAGUUCAAAUUGAACUACUAGCAACCAAGCUUGAUAAGAGCAAGAAUCAGUUCGAUGUAAUGAAAUUCUAAAACCUUUCAAAGCGUUAUGACGAGGUUGCAACUAAUAAAUUCAGAUCUACUAUGAGAGAAGAAUAAGCAUUCAAAAGUCUAGAGGACGCCAGAACCUAGAACGCUAUAAUCGAAGAAAUCAUUGAUAAGAUCAGAUCUGACAACCCCUAAUUCGACAUUAUUUUGUCAAGACUUGUGGGAUGGUGA